GUCGAGCAGGCCUGCGACUCGUGCAGAAAACGCAAGCUCCGGUGCUCCAAGCAGUUCCCCCGGUGCCUGAAAUGCAUCCAGCACAACUGGUGUUGCACGUACUCGCCGCGGACCGUGCGCUCGCCGCUCACCAGGGCCCACUUGACGGAGGUGGAGAACAAG